UCUUUUUUUCCCCUCUCAAGCUGUCUUACUCUCUCCCUCCUCCUCUUCUCUUACUCUCUCUCCUCACUCUCUCAAUCUCUCUCUCCUUUUGAUCACUUCGGUCCCUUGCUCCACUCCCUCUCCCUUACUCCUACACUGCUCUGUCACUCACUCACACACUCAUACCAGCUCUCCCUGGGCACCAUCUCCACCAUCGGAGAUCCUCAGUGUGUCUGCGUUUUGCCAGGUGGACGCACUCCCCGCAGUCACCAUUUCCACCCCGGAGAGUUCCACGGUGGCUGCACAGCCCCUUCCCCGGCUGAGCAUCGGGCGGAAGACCCUGGUGGCAGCUGCUGUGGGGGUCAUGCUGGUCCUGGUUCUGGUGGUCCUUAUUCCUGUGCUGGUCAGCUCCGUUGGCACAGGUGGCAUAGAUGACAGUGCGAGCCACUACGAGAUGCUGGGUACCUGCCGCAUGGUUUGUGACCCCUUCCCCAGCACGGGCACGACAGGCACAGGUGUGCACCCAGGAACAGAUACAGCAACCACAGGCCUACAGGUGGACAACGACGCAGAUCUGAGUGACCACAGCAUCGGCCCACCGCUGCCUACUUACAGUGCUCAUGGCCCACAGGGCAAACCAGGACGUCCGGGCAAGCCUGGACCCCCAGGCCCACCUGGAGAACCAGGUCCACCAGGACCUAAGGGACCACCUGGAGAUGGUGUGGACAUUGUACGGACAGGGAUUCUAGGUUUAGGGGGUAAAGGGGCAGUUAGCACAACCACGUACAACACCACGCCUCGCGUGGCAUUUUACGCAGGACUACGAAACCCUCAAGAAGGUUAUGAUAUUCUACGAUUUGAUGACGUGGUCACUAAUAUUGGUGGCAACUAUGAGGGUGCAACGGGCAAGUUCACCUGUAAGAUUCCUGGCACCUACUUUUUCAUCUACAAUGUCCUGAUGAGAGGAGGAGAUGGCACCAGCAUGUGGGCUGACCUGAUCAAGAAUGGCCUGGUCAGGGCCAGCGCCAUUGCUCAAGACCAGGACCAGAGUUAUGACUACGCCAGCAACAGUGUCAUCCUUCAUUUGGAUGCAGGCGAUGAGGUUUUCAUAAAACUCGAUGGGGGCAAGGCUCACGGGGGCAACAGCAACAAAUACAGCACCUUCUCAGGAUUCAUCCUCUAUGCUGACUGAGGAGUGGACAGGACGCGGGGUUCAGAGGUGAAAGGUCGCAAGCCAGAGGACAUUCACUUCCUGACUCUCACUUGGCUCUCGCAGUAAGGUUAAUGUUGCCCAUAGCCACUGAUCCGCAGGCAGAUUUGUUUGUACAGAUGUUUAAGGUCAGCGUUGAUACAGCGAUUAAGGCUGUGGGUCUGUGGUUAUGGGUAACUGUCUACCUCCUCAUCCAUACGUUCCAUUGUAUACAGGGUGCCUAUGCCACUAUUCUGAUGGAUGCGAGCAAUGUAACAGUGACAGUCACUGCCAUGUGUCAUGUUGAGGUGCAGUAACAAUUCUGACAGUGCAGAAGCUUCGCCAUCAUUUCUGAGCUGUCAUUUCAAAUUCAAGUCUGGAAAUCCAACAGUUGUGGCGACUGCGGUGUUUGUAAAUGUGCUGUUUAGAUUUAUGUUUUCUCAUGCUGUUUGUAUGAUAAGAUGUUGUGCUUCAGUGACUGAGGAGAUAUAUUCUGUCCCAAGAAAUGCUAAUUUGUCAAAUAUUGGACGCCAAAAUGAGAUUAUGCUUGUGUUGAAUGGCAGUGUCACAAAAUGUAUUGUGUCUCAGUGUGAUGAUCCGGAAAACCAUGUCAUAUCAGCCCAUUAUACUUGGCAUAUUGUUAGUGUAUAAACUGUACAUUUGAUAUUGAAUCUUGGUGUCUGAACACAGUCAAAGUAGUCUACAUACACCAUAUUGUGUGUCUAUUAAAGAAUAUAGCUGUUGAUAGAUAGGUGUAUAAUUAUAUCAUGUAACUGUUAACGUGCUCAUUUGUAAAGAUUUAUUUAUUUAAUUCAUGCAUGCAACACUUGUUCAAAUGUUCUGUAUGUUUCCACAGAUG